CUCCAUCUCCGACUUCAUCUCCAUCUCCGACUUCAUCUCCAUCUCCGACUUCAUCUCCAUCUCCGACUUCAUCUCCACCUCCGUCUUCAUCUCCAUCUCCAUCGCAUCGACCCCCAGGCUGGCUGCUGCGUAUCCUUGCCUCUCUCUCGUCUCGCAUCCAUGGCCGUCGGUGGUGGGGUACUGCUGGUGCGACUCUCUUGCUCCACGGGGCUGAAACCCCCACCACCGGCCCCAACUUUUUUUUCUCGGACGGUCAAAACCCGAAGUGGGUCGCAUCGCAUCCCGCCGUCCUCUCUCUCCUCUUCUGUUCGGGACCCAAGGCUGCUGGACCGCCCAGGCUCACAAUCCAGCAGGACAUUUGCUUCCAACGUCGGUGCAUCCGUCCGUCUGUCCGUUUCCCUGCCCAGAUACAUCCUUGUCGUUGGCUGCAGUCACUCGUUGCCAUGACUGACGCCGACCUGAAGAGUGUCGUCGCCGCCUUCUUCAUCCAGGCCAUCACCGCCCUGGCUGUCUUUGCUGCCUUCUCGAUCCUGCGGUACAACUACAAGCAGAUCUACGAGCCCCGGCUUCGGUCCAAGGAGGAGAUCCAGCAGGAGAACCAGGCCAUUGGCCUCAAGACCCUCAUCAGGAUCAAGGUCUCGCUCCGCGACCUGACCACAUGGAUCCCGGCCGUUCUCUCCAUCGACGAAGCCAAAAUGUCGCACCACAUUGGUCUCGACUCGGUCAUGUUCCUGGCUUUUCUGCGACUGUGCUGCCGCUUCUUUGGAGUCGUCGCCCUCAUCUCGCUCCCGCUCAUGGUCUUCAACUCCCUGGCCCCGUCCAUCACCGGCCUUCCUGGAUUCCAGGUCACCAGCACCGUUGCUGGCCAGGAUCCGCCGCCUUCCUCCUCCAACUCGAGCUCCUCCUCCAACUCGACCUCAUCCGGCUCGGUCCUGAACCUGCCCAACCCCCAGCUCACGACCCUCACCUUCCAGAAUCUCAAUGCUGCCGCCCGGGGCUGGUUCUGGCUCUAUGUCGUGGUUGCCUAUGUCUACACCUUCGUGGGCUACUACUUGAUCUUUGCCACCUGGAGGCAGUAUCUUCGGCUCCGCCGCGCGUGGUUCGGCAGCCAGUCCUUCCAACAGUCCUUCCACAACCGCACCGUUCUCCUAACCAACCUUCCUCCCAGCCUCCAGACCGACGAGGCCCUCACCGACUUCAUCAAGACCCUGGACCUGCGCUACCCCUUUGUCCAUGCCAUGGUCGGCCGCAAGAUCGAAAAGCUGCCUGCGCUCAUCAGCGAGUACGAGAGGACCAUGGCUCUCCUCGAGCGGUCGCUCUGCAAGUCGUUGCCCAAUGCCAACAGCACCUUGCCUCGUCUAACCCAUCGCCAGGGCGGCUUGUUCGGGAUGGGCUUUCUCGGCGGCAAGCGGGUCGAGACGCUCCCUUACUGCCAGCAGCGUCUGCACGAGCUCGAAGAAGAGAUCUAUGCCGUCCGUGCCCGCGGCGAGCUGGCCUUUGAGUGCGAGGCCUCGGGCUUUGUGCUCUUCGAAACGGCCAUGGGCGCCCAUGAUUGCGCCAGGCGGUACCGCACCCCGACCUCGAUCUCCUUCAAGACCAAGAUGCUCAGUCCCCCGACCCUCAAGCUUGCGCCGCACUUUGAGGACAUUAUCUGGGCCAACAUUGGCAUCUCCAUGCCGUUCCGCCAGUCGCGCCGUCUGGUGGCCGUUGGCAUUACCAUCGCACUCAUCCUCGCCUGGACCUUCAUCGUUGCCACCGCCACGACGCUCACGUCGAUCGAGAGCUUGGCCCGCAUCAGCCCUGCCAUCAGCCAAUUUGUGCAGCAGAACGAGGUCGCCAAUGCACUCUUUAAGGCCGUGGUCGCUCCCGUCGUCCUCGUCGUCCUCGGCGUUGUGCUGCAGCUUGCCCUCCAGAUUCUAGCCCACAUCCAGGGAGUCCGCAGCAACACCGGCGCCCAAAAGUCCGUUCUGCACAAGUACUUUGCCUUCCAGAUCUACCAAGUCGUGUUCCUGGUCGCCCUCAAGACGCUGUCGAUGGCUCUGACAAGUUUCUUGACCGGCAACAGCAACGCCUUUGCUUCCUACGACCUCAGCGCCAUCCUCUCGGCGGCAUCCGCGGGUUUCAUCAACAGCUCCAGCUACUACAUUGCUUUCAUCACAGUCAGUUUUUCGUCGUACGCGAUCGAGAUCAUCCAGGGUGCCCGGUUGGCGAUGCUGUACGUCAAGCGCAUCUUCUUCAAGCCGACGCCGCGCGAGGAGGGCGAGCUCAACCAGCUUCCGGUCUUCGAAGUCACCUUUGCUUACAGCAACUUGCUGCUCAUCUUUCUGCUGGGAUCGACGUACUGCAUCAUCGCCCCGCUCACGACCGUUUUUGCCUUCAUCGUGUUCUACGUUGCCUAUCUGGUGAUGCGCUACCAGCUCAGCUUUGUGUACGAGACCGAGAUGGAGACGGGCGGAUCGUGGUGGCCCAAGGUCUCCAACCUGCUGCUGCUGUGCUUUGGUUUCUGGCAGACCAUCACCCUGAUCGGCUUCCUCUUUGUCACCAACACCACCAACAUCACCGCCGGCGCCGGCACCACGGUGGCCCAAGGCAUCUUGAUGCUGAUUCUGCCGCUCUUGACGGUGGCCUAUUGGUACUGCAUCCACACCUUCUUGGCACCCAAGGGCUAUCUCCUGAGCGAAGUGGACGACGCCCCUCGUUCGUACCUCGCAAUCUUCUUCUCGGCCGUCGGUAAGCACCUCACCGGCGCCUUCUUUGUCCAGCUCUACAAGCCCUGGACCUAUGUCCAGAGCCUCAAGGCCAUCCCUGUCAAGGAGACGGGCGAUGCUGCCGAUGACCGCAAGCACAUCGAGCAGCACGCCUUCAAUCCCAGCCUCGAGAAACCGCUCUGGACACUCACGCUGCCUCCAGAGCUCCAGCCGCGAGCCGCCGAGUUCUACCAGCCCAGAUACAAGGACCUCGCCGACUUUAUGGCCCAGAACCAGAUCGAGUCCCCGGCGUCGGCCGACGCCAAGCCAAAGUAUCUGCAGGGCACCGACGCUGCCGCAGCCAUCGAAAUCGUCUCAGAAACUGCCGCCCCGCGGGCUUCACCAUCCACUCAGACCACCGUCUAGUCAGCUGCAACCGCUUAUUCAACAUGCUCGCUCGGUGCACCCUGCUCCGCCUGGAGCACUGGGGAGCCAUUCACCUCGACCUGUAAUCACCUGUGCCAGAUGUUGCUCUUUCUGGCCUUUCUAGACCGGGGCUGUUCCCCGUCGCCCUUCUUCUCCCAGCAGCCACCAUUCUAAUGACAGUCAAUGCAAUAAAAAAAAAACGGAGGGCAUUCAGCUUUUUUUGAUCAACAAA